UUUCUCUCUCGGAGGGGAGGAGCCAGCAGCAGGAGAAAAAGCAGGAGUCACUGUAUCAGGCAGACAAGAGUGUUUCCAGCUGCUGCUGAGAGUGCGACAAUCUGCUGCGAGUGGGACACGCGUUUCCAUCCAGACAGCAGCUUGGAGCAACAAUAAGCAAAGAUCCCCGCAGCUGCAGCCAAAGAUUCACCCAGGAACGUGCAGCAGCAAUAAUUAGUGGCCACCAGCUGCACCCAACGAUCCAACCAGGAGCCUGGGGGCAACAAAAAGCAGAGCAGCCAAAGAUCCACCUAGGAGUCUGGAACAGAAAUAUUUAGUCCCCCAGCUGCAGCCCAAGAGUCACAGCACAAGCAGUAACAUUGUAGGAAGAUGCUGCAACUAAAUCGUUUUUUUGUGGUUUUCGGGGCUCACUUCUUUAUUUCUCACCGACCCUGAAGAUUCAAGUUACUCUGAAUUGAGAAAGCCAGUUGGAUGACUGGUGAAACGUCUUCAAGGAAAAGAAAAACAGCAAGUCCAGUUGAUUUGACUUAUUUAUAUUCAGCUAUAAGAAAUAUAAAUAGUGCUGCUACUGAUUGUUCAGUUUGGACAGCAGCCGAUCUCAUUCAAUGAUGAGUUAGUGGUGCCAAGAAAAGUGCCAAUUUAGUUGGGUGCAAAGUUGCAGUUUUAUUGGAGACUUGGGAGCACCGGCUGGGCACGAUCAAGUUGCCAAAGCUAAAGGGACUGGCGAGUGUUGACGCUGGCAACCUAGUCAUCAUGAGCGUCUGUAGUGGGGCAUCCCCGCCACCUGCGAUUAUUAAGGAGGGCGACCUGGAGAAGCGCAGCGACAGUUUCCUGCAGCUGUGGAAGAAGCGCCGGUGUGUGCUGACAGUGGAGGGACUGCACUUGUAUAGCGAUGCCAGGAAAAGGGGGAAGGCCAAGGUGCUGCGCUUCGACUCGCUGGCCAAGCUGGAGUGCGUGGAGAGGAAAGGGGAGCGAGUUUAUUUCACACUGGUGACAAUGGCAGGGCAGGAGAUAGAUUUCCGCUGCCGGGAACGGAGCUGCUGGAACGCAGAGAUCACGCUGGCCCUGGUCGGCUUCCAGAAUAGGAAAGCGGUGCAGGAGCUAAGGGAGCGCAAGGAGCACCAAGCCAGGGACAAUGGGGAGCGGUUAAGGAAAUGGGGCCCAUGAGGGAAUGACAUGAUAUUCAGGUCCAACGCUUGUGCUCUGGCUUGCCCCCUUGUGGAGACAGAUGUGAGGUCUACUGCAAUCCUGGAAAUCUUCCACCCCCUUGUGGAGAAAGUCCUUGAUGUGAGAUCUUCUGCAAUCUUGGAAAUCUUCUGCCCCCUUGUGGAGACAGUCCUAGAUGCAAGGUCUUCUGCAAUCUAGGAAACUUAUGCCCUUGUGGAGACAGUCCUAGAUGUGAGGUGGUCUUCUGCAAUCUUGGGAACUUGUCCCCUUGUGGAGACAGUCCUAGAUGUGAGGUCUUCUGCAGUCUUGGAAACUUGUCCCCUUGUGGAGACAGUCCUAGAUGUUAGGUCUUCUGCAAUCUUGGAAAUCUUCUACCCCGUUACACAGGAUAACACAAGAAGGUGCCUGCUACAUCUAAAUGACUGCUGAACCCUUGUUUUUUUUGGUUCAGGAAGGAUGGAGUUAAGACAAUAACAGUUGUAAUGUUGCAUUCAGACUGUACAAACCAAACAAUGCGAUGAAAGAAUUAUGGUCUCUGUAAAGGCCCUAAACCUUGUAGAGGCAAAUGAUAUUUCCAGUAAUGAUCAUUGGUACCAUGCACCAAAUAAUCCCCUGGCUGAUGGGUAGUUCAGCUGAUCUGAACCUGCUGUUACUUGUUUAUAUUUCCUGUUGCUCACUGGAGCGGAAUUGCCUCAUUUUCUUUUGAAAUAAAUGUGCUGAUUUA